AUGUCUGCACGUGGUCCUUUCUUGUUUCUUGUUGCAAGAGCUAUCGGCGCCCUUGGCAGCCCUGUCGCCAUACGCGAUGUCGCACCUGCUGCUGCUACGGUCUCUGCGGACUCUCCUGCAGGCGUUGCUCUUUUCCCCCAGGAGGCAGUUCAAUUGACCGACAAGGUACUGAAGACGGCAGAGAGCCAAACCAGCGAGGUUGAUGUGAAUGCACUCUUUGGAUUCGAUAGCGGCAAUGAGACAACGGCAAUUUCAAAGCGUGCACUCAGCAGCGGUCAAUGUAAAGCCUUUCCAGGUGAUCCAAACUACCCGAAAGAGUGGGUAUGGUCUAUCUUCGACCUCUUACUCGGAGGAGCACUCAUCAAGACCACUCCUAUCGCCGCGCCUUGCUACAAGAAAUCAGCCUGGGAUAACUACGACGAGAUGAAAUGCGCAGACAUAUCAGCCAGAUUUACUACAGCCGAUCUCCACACGAGUGAUCCAACCUCCAUGAUGUGGCCUCUCUUCCAGGGUCGUACAUGCAUGCCAACCGACGAUCCCAGUGGUACCUGCACACUAGGUGGCUAUGCCUCUUAUUCCAUUGAUGUCGAGAACGUUGCCCAGGUGCAACUUGGCGUCAAUUUUGUUCGCAACAUGGACUUGAGGUUGACUGUUAAAAAUACUGGCCAUGACUAUAUUGGAAAGUCGUCUGGUGCUGGUGCUCUUAGCAUAUGGACACACAAUCUUAAAGACAUCCAGUUCAUCAAGAACUACAAAUCCACAAAGUACAACGGCCCAGCUUUCAAGGCUGGUGCCGGAGUCCAAGGGUUUGAAAUCUUGGAAGCUGCUCGUGACCACGAUGUAACUGUUCUGGCUGGUAUCUGUGAGACAGUUGGAUGGAGUGGCGGCUAUGUCGCCGGAGGUGGCCACUCACCUCUCGCAUCCAUAUACGGUAUGGCUGCUGAUCAAGUUCUCGCCUAUGAGGUUGUCACCGCUGAUGGACGCUUCGUGACUGCCUCUGAAUCUGUCAACUCUGAUCUCUUCUGGGCCCUUCGCGGCGGAGGAGGUGGGACUUUUGGCGUUGUUACGUCUGUCAUCGCUAAAGCCCACCCCAGAAUCCAGGUCACCAAGUCCGUCUUUUCAUACCAGGCUCCGGUCAACGAUUCCGAAAACUUCUGGAAGGGCGUCAACGCUUACAUGAAGCGCUUCCCUGAGUUUACUAAUGCCGGUACCUAUUCGUACUUCUGGAUCUGGAAUUACGGCACCUCGCUCGAUUUCCAGAUGACUCCCUUCUUUGCGCCAAACCAUACCAUUGAGUCUUUCAAUGCGCUGACUAAAGACUAUUUCGAUGACCUCAAGUCGUUCAAUCUCUCGGUAACCCCAAACACUACUUACUAUGAGGACUUUUACUCUGCCAACAAAGGAUCAUGGGGCGCAGAUACUCUUGGUGUGACCAACAUUCGUCAAGCUACCCGCCUUUUCCCAAAGAGUCUUUGGGAAACCGAAGCGAAGUUCAACUCUUUUUACACCACGAUCAAGGACACAGUGAUGAAGGGCCACACUGUCGGUGGCUACCAUAUGGCUCCAGGAAAUCCCUCCAACGUCGACAAUGCUGUCAAUGAGGCGUGGCGUAACACCCAAUCUUUCCUCAUCACUGCCAAUCUGGUUCCCGAAGAUGCCACGGCAGCUCAGUUUGCAGAAGCUUCCGACUACCUUACCUACGACAUCAUGGACUCUUGGCGUGCGGUUGCUCCAGCUUCCGAGGGUGGCGGUGUGUACCUCAAUGAGGCGGAUAUUCAAGAGCCAAACUGGCAAACCGACUUCUACGGCGCGAACCACUACCCUAAGCUCCUCGAGAUUAAGAAGAAGUGGGAUCCAAAGGGUGUGUUCUAUGCUACCACAGCUGUUGGCAGUGAGAAUUGGGUUGUCAAGGAUGGCGAUCAGGGCGCUCAAACUCAAAAUGGUCGCUUAUGCCGUGUAUAG